UGCCUGUCCCGCCCACACCCGUACAAGUCUUCUUACACGCUUUCCGCCUGCACUGAAGACGCAGUCCUAGCCAGCUUCUGUUUGUCGAAACACAUGGAAACUACGAAUCCAGCGGCACAACGGCUUUUUAGCCAAGCGACUGUCCUCAAUAUGCAUACAGGAAACUUGGUCAACUGGAAUCGGCAGAAGAAAAAAUGUCCUUCAUCACCGGGUGAAGAGCUGCAAGACUGCAUCCGUGCCACACUGAACGAGUGGUCUUCCAAAAUCAGCCCAGAUCAAGGACUGGAUUUGGCACACGCCACGCUGGAGUGUUCGAUGCCCCAAGCGGCAGAGGUGAUCACUCCUGAGGAGAGAGAAGAGCUGAAGGUGUCUGUGAAGCUUUUUCUCACUGGAUCUGAUGCUUCAUCCAUUAGAAGUGCAGUGGAACUGGCUUGUGCCACCCUUGGGGUGUCUCAGCUUGACUCUGUGAUCAUUGUGCCCUCUCCCCUUGACGAUGGAAUUGGCAUCACCUUGGAUCACCUGAAGCCUUUCUGGGAAGUCCUGGAGUUGCUCGUGCAGAGCCAAAAGAUUGCUACUAUUGGCACGUCCGAUUUGGACAAGACCUUGCUGGAACAGCUCCAUAGCUGGGCACAGGUGAAGCCAAGCAGCAAUCAGGUAAACCUGGCCUCCUGCUGUGUGAUGCCACCCGAUCUGACCGCCUUUGCCAAGGAGUACGACAUCCAGCUUUUGACUCACAAUGAUCCCAAAGAGCUUAUGUCUGUGACAAGUUUCCAAGAAACCAUCGGCGAUGUUACCAAGGAUCCCCAGGCGACAGAAUGGUUACUGGACUGGGUUCUUCGCUACUCCAUUAUUGUUAAAAGUAGAGGAAUUAUCAGAUCAAAGGGAUAUCUUGUGCAGGCCAAAAGAAGCAACUGCUGAAAGAGGAGCGUCUGACGCCCAGAUGAGCGGAACUGCAUCAUGGGUAACCCGUAGUAUGAAACAAGACUUGGGUCCUUUAGAACCCCAAAGCCCGUGUUGCUUGCCAGUCUGCCACUGGCAUUGUUACGACAGUACAAGAGCAACAUGUGACAUCACAGCCGGACCGGUGAUAGUUCAGUUCACUUUCCAUGAUGGUUCCAAUGUCUUUUGACCUAAUAUUGUGUGUACUUGUUGUAGACACGGGUUUAUGCUCCAUUUUCUUCUGGAAUGAGGGACCAGCAGCUCCAGUGGUGUUGUGUUGGGCAAAUCCGAAUAGUAAGACAAUCCUCCAUGCACUGUGUGGUUACACUUGCACUUUUUUUUUUCCCCCCUUAAAGAUUUUUCAUUUUUGGCAGGUGGUUCAGAAUACAAGAGAGAUGCACGUUACCUUCACAUCAUGGCUGCAUAUUAGAAGCAUUAACUGCUUCUCGGUGUAAAAAUUCCUUUUUCUUUUGACUUCAUCUGCUUGCCGAUGAGGCCUCGUUCUUACUGUACGGUUACUUACGGUAAUCUGUGGAAACUGUUCAGUUUCUUUGAAAUCUGUCGAGUUAUUAAAUAAAUACUUGCAAAAGUG